AGCUUAGCAGCCACCCGUAACUAUAAAUGGAUCCUGACUGGUUGUGAAGAUGGUUAUAUCAGAAAGUGGGACUUUUUCACGUCCAUGAAUGGAAAGACAUCAUUAGCACAAGCACUUCGGCAUCAACAUGUUGAAUCCGUUGUUUAUACAGGUGUAUUAAGCUCAUGGUGGGAAAAUAAUGAACAAUCAGCUGCCUAUAGUCUCGCGCUCCAUUCCGAAGCGCUAUGGGCGCUGCAGGGUUGCGAGAAUGGGUCUAUCAAUCUAGUGACAGUGAGGCAUGAUGAGGGGAAAUGCCAUCAUGUGCUACGGAAGCAUACAGCCCCGGUCUCUGUCCUGAUGAUCACGCCUGAUGAAACGGGUGUAAUCAGUGGCUCUUGGGAUAAAUCAGUCUAUGAGUGGGAUCUCAAUCAGGGUGCUAUCAUCCGUUCUUAUGAUGGCCAUAGUUCUCAGUUAUCAUCAGCUGAAUACCAACCUAUUUACACACCCGAGGAUGUUGAUUAUACUUGGGACAAAAAGAACCCAAAUAUCUUUUUGACCACCAGUGUAGAUGGUGGGUGUUUCAUUUGGGACAAACGAGAGAAAGAUCCUAGAAAGCUACCAUUGCCUAAUGGCACACCUCCUUGGUGCUCAAGUGGAUGCUGGAGUGCAGAUGGCACCAAAAUAUAUGUAGGCAGAAGAAAUGGCACAGUGGAUGAGUAUGACUAUGCCUCACAGAAGCGAAUCAGAAGCUUCCGUAUGCCAACAAACUCUGGACCUGUUUAUUCUGUUAAAAGUAUGCCUAACGGAAAACAGAUUGUGUGUGCAUCCAAUGAUAACAUUCGUUUAUGGGACACAAGCAUAGACUCAGCUUUUACCAUUGGAUCCGAAAUGUCCGACUCAAAGUUGACAAAAACUACAUCAACGAUUCCAUUUACAAUCCUACCUGGUCAUCAUGGAGGAGCUGUGUCUCAGAUGUCGAUUAACCCUACUUGUAAAUAUAUGGUGACAGCCUCAGGUAACAGAGGCUGGGAGGGCGCUUCUACCAAUGUCUGUUUAUUUUAUGAUAUUUUGCCUGUUUCAUAA